CGGAGUGAGUAUCCGCUGCUGGAAACGAGACACCAGAACGGGCUACAUUCGCUACAAAGCCGUGAACAAUGCCGGUCUACAACUCCAAAACUCAAUCGGGUUGUUGGGUCGUGCCAAGAUUUAUGCAAGCCCCAACCUGUUUGGCCCAAUUGCCGGACCAUCUUUAGCCUCGAGGCAUUUUGCCUACUGUUCAUGUUCGCCAAAAAACGGUGUGCAAAAGCUCUCUCUCCUUCUCCACAUUUCAGGCGUUGAUAGUUUUCUUCUUGCUCCUCCAAUAAAGACGCUUUGGUUUUGUGCAAAAAUUCAACUUUGGGCUUGCAAGCAGUCAAGCCAAUUUAGGCAUCGCUGGCUCUGCGAUCUCAAUCCAGCAUGUUUUUAUUGUGCUCCGAAAUGA